AUGGAAUGGAAUGCCACUGUCAGGUGAAGAAGUAUAAUGAUUGUUGGAGGCCAGUAAGUAUGCGUAUGUCCCGUCCCAGAAUCCGUCGAAGGCUGAAGAUAUGAUCAAUACACCGUCUUCCUGGUCUAGAGCCUGCCUGGUUCUCUCGUGUUUGUUCCUCCCGUUGACUGCUUGGUCUAAAUAUUAUAAUUUAGCCAAUAACUGUAGAUACCAAAUUGGUCAAGCGGGCUAUUGAUUACAGCUUGACUGCACACCGUAUUUUUGUUACAAGUAUGGAAUUUUCAGCGUGCGAUAUCGGUAGCCCAAAUUUUGGAUGUCGACCAUUGAUAUCAAGUGUACGUCGGUAGGAGAUCGAACCGUGGACCACAUGCAUGGUCGGCGAGAGUCCUAACCUCUGUACCAAAUUGGUCAAGCUAUGUCCCCUGUCAUCAUGACAGGGAGAAUUGUCUGCCUUCUUGUAUAUCAGGAAAAUCAAUGACUUACACCAGGUCGACGGGACUGUCUUUGAUUCCGAGAAGUUGCCUAGUACCUUGGUUAACUCAGACAGUAAACGUUCAUCUCACAAUAUGAUACAGUAUUAUUUCCUGAUGACGUUUUUAGCACAAUUUAUUGCUCAUAAUCGCACCAAGUUGCUCACACAACUUUAAACUUUGUGUAAAUAAUUCCACUAUUUUUCAUCCCUUGAUUUGAUUGGUAGUAGUAUUUUGCAUAUUUCUGGUAGGAGUGGUGAGUCAUUCCUCUUGCAUUCCUAUUGAAUUAUACUCUACAACAGUGCACAAGUUCUAUUCUUAUAUCAGUCGGACAGUAAACUGUCUCCACCAUCCUUAAACACCUCUGUAGUCAUUCCAUCAGGUAUCGCUGCUUUGCCUCGUUUGAGACCAGUGACAACUUUUGUAACCUCAGUGAGGGAUGGAGGAUGUUUAUAUCUUAUUCUGGGAGGUAUUGGUUGCCCAGUAAGUUGAGCGUGGCUGUACGCCAGUUGAAUUAUUCCUCAAAGUUUUCUGUUCCACGUUCUAGUCACCUAUCCUGAGAGCUAAUUAUGGUGCUAUUUUCUCGGAGAUUGUCUCACUUAUCAUUUGCCUAUUGCCACCUGUUCCCCUGUUGUGAGAUUUGGUGAUCAGACUAUCAAUUGGGACUGGUGGAGCGAACACGCUCAACUAUCUAACUGCCUUCCUUUGGGCUAGAAGUGAACUGAGAACAAAGCAAAAUGGAGAGUCGUACAUGGUCCUUCUGUGUACCUGUAUAUCCAAUCAACUUCAAACAAAUGACACAGUGUCUUCUUCAGAGUUCUUGUGGAUUUUGAUGCGAAAACUUUGCAGAUUAUGACUGAAAUAUAUCAUUCCGACUCUAAUAUUCCUACUGGCCUUGUUUGUGGUCUCUUUCUUCUAAAUCCUGAAUUAAAUCAUCUUCGUGUACACGCAAAGAUAAACGUUAAUGUUUUUCGACCACAUUUGGGUCUAGAGGUGGACGCUAUCGUUUCAAUGGUUAAACCACAAUUUAUUCUUUGUCGAACAGAAAUUUCCAAUGUAAUGAUUAGUCUUCCACGUUUAUCUUCUAAACUAAUAAAAAAGGAAGAAGAACAAGAUUUUAGUCCAUCUAUGUUAAAGCCUUUCGACAGAAUCAAAGUGAAACUAACUCAAGUUAAUCACAAUUUUGGAUCAUCAGUUCUACAAGGUGAAUUUAUUAAAUGCCUUUCUAAACCAUUAUCGAAGUACUCUAAAAAACACGGAAAUCAUCAUGAAAAGUCUACUAUUGCUGAAUCAGUUGAUGUGAAACCAGUAGUUAACAAGUUGGAUGCUGACAGAAGCUUUGAAAAGAACAAUACAUCAAUUGAUGGGAAUUCUUCUGAUCCAAUCAACAAUGUGGAUAGUUCAUGUGACUCUGUAACACCAAAAUCAAGAAAGCGUAAAAUUUCUAAAGUUGAGGCUCCAUCACCAGGAGCCUUUGAUAUACCAGAAUCUAAAUGUUUUGUAAGACGUAAUAGUUCUGAUUCCGAAAUAGCUACUCCUGCUUUGUUAAGCAAAGCCUUGUUGAAAUGUGGACAGAGCUAUCAAUCGAAGCAAAAACAUUCUUCCCCCAUAGCUGUCAAACAGGAACCAACUUAAUUAUUUGUUAAAAAGAAAAUGUUGAGCAUAUAUAUAUAUAUAUAUUUAUAAAUUAUUUUGACAUCCUUUUAUUUUUAAUAUUGGGAUUGAAAAGUUGCCUGAUGCAUCAUUUACAAAAAGAUUGCACUUCAAAAUUACUUUAUUUUUCUUGAGAUACUUAUUAAAAUUAGGACCUAUUGUAAUUAGUUUUGCCAAUGGAAGGUAUUACUUAUACUACUCAUUGUGUCUGUUAGUAGCAAUUAGUAUACUUGUGAUGAUUGCCUUUUCACUGCAUUGAAAAUUCUCAUUAGAAUAUGUGUCAAAUAAAACUAAGUAAGCCUC